GCCCCCGCCCCACGGGUGGGCGGGGCCGGCAGAGGCGCGUCACUUCCGGUUGGGCCCGCGGCCCUGCCUCAGAGAGAGCAUGGAGAAGCUGCGGCGGGUGCUGAACGGGCAGGAUGAGGAGGAGCAGGGGAUUACGGCGCAGGUCCUUGAUGCCUCAACACUCAGCUUUGGUACUCGAGUCAAAUGGUUUGGGAUAUGCUUUGUUGCUGGCAUUGUGUGUUCUAUUCUUGGAACAGCAUUGCUAUGGCUUCCGAAGGGGAUCAAGCUUUUUGCAGUGUUUUACACCCUGGGAAAUAUUGCUGCAUUAGCCAGUACAUGUUUCCUGAUGGGGCCCCUGAAGCAACUCAAAGCAAUGUUUGAGCCAAAAAGAUUAUUAGCUACAGUUGUGAUGUUGCUUUGCCUAGUAUUGACUCUGUGUUCUGUAUUCUGGUGGAACAAAAAAGGUUUGGCACUGUUAUUCUGCAUAUUGCAGUUCUUGGCAAUGACCUGGUAUAGUCUGUCAUAUAUUCCUUAUGCAAGGGAUGCUGUGAUUAAAUGCUUCUCGUCCUGUCUAGGGUACUACUGACGAUAACUGGCACUGGAAAGAACCCAUUCCACCAGUCAGUGCUUCAGGACCAGGUAGUUUUUUGCUCCAGAGAUGGUUUUGCCCAUCAACCGACAGUUUUGGAACAUGAUCACUUUCACUGUAAUCAAUCUAUGGUAAAUAACAAAAUUAUCAGUUACCAGAACAGAAUGAGUUCAAGAACUAAAUCCAAAAAUUCUGUGUACUGGUGUACUUUUAUAUGCACUUAGGUCUGUGAUGCCAUGUACUGUCUUAUUUGUUUUUCUCUUCUGAACACUUACUCACUUUCUUCAUCUGCAUAUGGAGAGCACAUGGUGUUCUUUUGUUGGUACUUCUGCUCCUUCACAUCCUGUCUUUGUUUGCUGUAUAUCAGUAUUGCAGAAGUUCACAGUUGAUGCAUCCUCGUUGUAUGAUGCCUUUUUAUGAUGGUGUGAAACCAUAGAUGUGGAGAUCUGUAUCCCUGUGGAUUGCAUACAUCCUACCCAUCUUUUCAUAAAAUGCUGGUGCUCUAAUUAAAAUAGUACUUUGAAAUAAAAUCUGUAGAAAUGCCAUGACUUCUU